GCUACGUCUUCCCCAGCUAGUGGUGCUCUUCGUACGCAAAGCUCAGGUAGCUUGGUAAACAUGGCGCCUCAAAGCUUGGAUCUUGGGCUGAGUCUUGGCCUGGGCCUGGCGGCGUCGCAGCCCAGCUUCUGUCACUCCGGCAAUGCCGUUGCGGUGGCGGAGCGGGAGGUGAGCCCGGCCGCGGCGGAGGAGAGGAGAUGCUCGCCUUCGGGCAGCCCGGUGUCGUGCGGGAGCGGGAAGCGCGCGGCGGAGAGGUCGGCCGCCAGCGGCAGCGGUGACGACGAUGACGACGGGGGCGCGCGCAAGAAGCUGCGGCUGUCCAAGGACCAGGCCGCUGUCCUCGAGGAGUGCUUCAAGACCCACCACACCCUCCCUCCGAAGCAGAAGGUGGCGCUUGCGAAGAGCCUGGGCCUACGGCCGCGGCAGGUGGAGGUGUGGUUCCAGAACCGCCGCGCCCGGACCAAGCUGAAGCAGACGGAGAUGGACUGCGAGUACCUCAAGCGCUGGUGCGAGCAGCUCGCCGAGGAGAACCGGCGCCUCGGGAAGGAGGUCGCCGAGCUCAGGGCGCUCAAUGCCGUGGCUACCGCGCCGGCACCGGCACCCCCGCUGACCACCCUCACGAUGUGCCUCUCCUGCAGGCGCGUCGUGUCCUCCUCCUCAUGCACCGCGGCAAACAUUCCCGCCGCGCACCCGCACGGGCACGCCGCCGCCAAUGCUGGCAUGGCCUCUCCGGCGGCAGCAUUAUUGCCCGGCCACCGGCAGUUCGUCUGUGGAUUCAGAGAGGCCGGAGCGGCAGCAUACAGGGGCUCAUCUGGGCUUGCAAAGGCGGUCAAGGCGGCCAGAUAGAAGGGCCUAGCUAGCUAGCUAGCUCGCCGCUGAUCUGAAUUUGCUCUGCUCAGUGCUCUGAUGCCAUCAAAAUGGCCAAGCGCAAAGCAAGUGCAGCAGAAAAGUUCAAUUUAUUUUUCCGUAUGUUUUGGGGGAAAUGCAAAUGUAGUUUUUAACAACUUCAACUUAGGAUCGUUGGAUGGGUUCCCCUUCAGAUUGAUGUAUCCAUGUGAAAAGCUGUGGAAAUUACAGUAGACGAAGCUAAUUUACCCCUCUGUAUCAGAGCUGAACAUCUACUAAUGCA